AUGAAUACGGAAUCACGAAUAGAUGAAUGGAAUACGUUAGCGGGAAGCGAAUUUUUAUUGGAUGGGUACAUAACGUGUGGUGAAGAACGAAAAAUUACUGUUGGUGGCUGUAACUAUUAUCUACAACGUUUUCAAGGGGAACAUGAAGACGAGUACACAUUGAAAAAAGAUAACAAGGUUUAUCUAUUCCAGAAUGGAAUAAUGAAAAUGGCUUGGGAAGAAGAUGAGGAUGGAACUCAAAUUGGGGAUUUUACUCGAUUUGAGAAUGGCCGUGUCGCUUUUAUCCAAGCGUUUGAUGAAAUUUGGGAUCGGAAAGAUUUUUGUCGUAUAGCCAACCAUGUUAAAGGCGAGAGGAUGGAAAUCUAUUCUCAUGAGAGUGGAAAGUUGAUUUAUUAUGGAGAAUUCAACGAGAAUCGUGAGAGAGAUGGAUGGGGAAUUGAGUAUGACGAAGAAUCAGGUAAAAUGUUGCUAGAGGGAGUAUGGAAAAAGAACAAGCUGGUGGAGAUCAUCCGCAAGAUUGAGGGAACCACCAUGAUCGAAUUCAAGGAAAACGGCGACAAUACCAUUGCUUCGAACCGAAUCCCAAUGUAUGUCGGCGGAUUCGUUUAUGAUGAAUCGAAAGAAUCGUUUCUUCGAGAUGGUCGAGGAUACUGGAUCGAUGAAGAAACUCGGAUUGCUACUCGCGAAGUGGAAUGGAAAGAUGGAGUGGAAGUGAGUGGAAGAGAUCUCUAUGAUGGAUGGUACACUCAAUCGACCAAACCGAUACUAAUCCCGAAAUCCAUUCCGAGACCUACGCCUGCUGUUGCUCCCACUAAAAUCAACGUCAGUAGUUCUAUGACACUAAGCAGUGUAAGCUUACAAGUGACCGAUUUGACGAUUUCAUCGAAUUGCUGUAACGAUUUGAAUGCAUUGGAUCUGAAUCGAUUCGAGUGGCUACGAUCUAUCGAAAUCGGCGAUGAUUGUUUUGGAUCAGUGCAAGCAUUCCAAAUCGAUGGAUUGAAGCGAUUGAAAACUAUCAAUAUCGGAGGCAAUUCGUUUACUCAGGUGAAACAGGCUGAAUGGGAUCCAUUAAGUUAUUCCGAAGCUGUCAGUCGAUGUAUUCAAUCGAAAUCAUUCAACAUAUCGAAUUGUGAGUCACUGGAAUCCAUUCAAUUUGGCGAAUAUAGUUUUGUUGAUUUUGCUGGAGACUUUGAAUUGAGCAAUCUACCGCAACUGCAGUCGAUCCAAAUUGGUUCAAUCGGUAAUAGAUCGUGGAAUUUCUUUUGUUGUUCCUUUAUGAUUGGAAGUAAUGAUAUGAUAUUGGAUAGUAAUAGAUAG